AUGUUGCUCCCGUCUGCGCUGGCAUGCGACUCGUCGCAACCGCCAUUGACGCGCCUCCAGGCUUCUCUCCUCGCCUCUCCUCCCGCAAGCCCUCCACAAAUAUCCACACCAACCGUCGUUGGCAACAUCUUCUCUACAUGUCGUUCACUUCAUAAUCUGCUAGCCAGCCCUGCGCCACUUGCCCCCCAACCUCCCGCCACCAUAGAACCCAUCACUCCACCCACUACAACGCAUGCGCAAUUGCCUACACCGCCACUCGCCCAUACGCCGGCCCCUCUGAAGCUCCGUCUGCGAUCGCGGAAAAACGACACACCUUCCUCUUCCAGCGCGACCGACCCAACAACAGCCCCGCCCCGUAAGCGCAUCGCGAAGCGCACCCCGGUGCAUCCUUCCCGGGGGCCAAAUAAACGUCGGCGCGCCGUGGACGAUGACUUGGGGCGCGAGGAGGAUACAUCCAGCGAUGUGGAACCAGAAGCAGAGGAGCCCGAGGAGGAUCCAACACCGCAAACCCCCAAGCGCUCCCGCAUAGCCCCCGAGGUCAUCCCCUUGGGUCUCGAGAGGGGUGACUACCACUCUUUGCACCAUAGCGGGCUAUAUGUCGACAAUAACCCCACAACGAGCGAAGGGACUGAUAUUGUAACAGAAGGUGACGGGUCAAAAUGGUCUGCUGAAGACGAUCGAAUCCUCGUCGAGCUUGUGCUAGAGAAACUGAAGCUGUCAAAGUCAGAGUGGCAGGACUGUGCGAGGAGUCUGGGGAAAGACAGAUCUAGUGUAGGGAAAAGGUGGAAGAGUCUAAUGGUAAAUGGGGAUGUCGGCCUGAAGAGGACGGGGUUGCGGAGAGGAAGGAUACAUGGUACCUGGAGGUGA